AUGGCCUCCCAGCGUCAUAACCCGGAUGAGGAGAUGAUGCUCGCUGACGUCGAACUGCAGCUCGACCUGCCCAACGCCCACGCCCUGUCUGCUGCGCCUCCCGCUACCACGGUGGCCUCUCCUCCCUCCGCUGCACCUCCUAUCUCACCCGCGUUUGCGGCUCCCUCUGCUGCCCCUGUUAUCUCUCCAUCUGCAGCAGAUCCGCCGCGCCAGCGCGCCUCUGCUGCUGCCAGCGGCGUUCCUGAGGACCAGGCGGACCAAGCUGACACCUUAGCCAUCUCGCGCAACCUUCGCCGCCAACGCGCGGCGAUUUUGAUCCCUGUUAUGCCCCCCAGGAGACUCGCGGUGGUGGAAAUCCUUUUCCCUGAGGCGGGAGCGGAGGCUAUCCGCGCCGACCUGAUAACGCGCAUUUCGAGGCACCUGCAGCCGUUUCAUUUCCGUAACAAUGUCGUCCCGGAGUUCCAGCCUUCGGUUGGAGAGGUGCUCCGUAUUCCACGCCGUGCAUACGCACGCCUUUGCUUUUCCUGGCCUUCUCAAGAUGACGCCGACGACUUCAAAAGCCUCUUCCCGCUCACGUUCCAUCUCCCCAACUCCCGCUCUGUGGUGCUGAAAGUUCACGUUGAUCGCUACCCGCGUUUCACUUCGGCUAAAGCAGGAGGCGCAGCCACGCUGACCCUUCGCAACGUCCCCCCGGGUUACGCCCCGGAGGACCUCCGCACCUUCCUGAUGCACCAGGACGUUGCGGGCGAACCCUCUUGGCUCGCUGACCUCCAGUUUUUCCACCAGAUCAAGGACCCAUAUGAGGAUAUGUAUCUGCCUAUCUUCACUGGAAUCCCGCUACCCCCGCAGGAUGACCCCGACUUUCUCCGCAUCCCCGCGGUCCUCAACUUCGAAUUUGAUUCGCCCCCGGCUCUGCUCAACAUUUCUUCUCAUGUGUGUACCUUUUGCGGCAACAAUCACCGUGACGCAGACCAUGAGAUCUUCCCCACCAAGCGCAGGCAGCGCCUGACUAACAGACAGCAGCUCUCGGUCGCUCAGCUGCAGCAAGCCAACAAUGCCCCACAUGUCCUCCCUACCCUGUACCUGGCCUCAGUCCCAGCGCAGGCCGACCUCCUCUUGGCCUCCGGGAUGCGCCUGCGACCUUCCCCCUUCCCCCAACCUGCCGCUCCCAUCUCGUUAUCACUCACCCCGUCCUAUGCCCUACCCCACCCCCAGGCUUUGCCCCAUGAACCUGCCCUGCACUUGCAGUUCUCUCCUGCCCCCCACCUUGGACCUUCCCUCACUGCCCCUCCUCCCCCGCUCUCAGCUGGGAUCCCCUCCAUGGGCAGAUUCUCUGCCCCCACUUCGCGCCAGGCGCUCGGCUCUCGCGCUGCGCCCGCAGCCUUUCGCAACGACCCCGGGAUGCUCUACAUUGGUCUCGACGCGGAUGUCGAGCCAUGGACUUGUGCCUUGUGCAACCUGACUUGCGGCGCUGCCCUCGACUCGGCUAUGGCCCACAUUGCCUCCGAGCCGUACGUCGCAAAGAAGCUCUCUGCAGCCCACCUCCCUGCCGCGAAGGAAAAGUACACCGGGUGGAAGGCCAUGACCUUCGUGGCUCUUCCGCAGAUCGCCGAUUUUCUUGCCCAGCUUUAG